ACCGUUGACCGCCAUCUCACGCACUGUUCAUAAGACGCACGCACAAUGGCGUCCUCCGACCUGAUAGUGAACGUAAAUAAUUUAGAGAAAAUAGAGAAUUUUCUCAAUGAUUCGACGUACAAAGAGAUUAUAGAAAACAGUGAAACGUUCAACACCCGGCUAUGCCUGGAACGGAGACUUCGGAUGCCGUUUCUCGACCCACAGACGGGUGUCGCUCAGAAUCACUGCGCGUUGUUUAUGCACAGCCGUCACCGGAUCCCGGGCCUGAAGAAUGGUCAAGUGUACAGCUACCCGGCGGCCCGCUGGCGUAAAUCCCGCCGGCAGUAUUUGCUGCAAAAGCCGCACCCACCCUUUCCGGCGUACACGCACCGUCCGUUCGGUCAUCUGCAGCCGGCGCCACCGUCCUCCCUCCUGCCCGGGAGCGGUAUUGGUGGUGAUCGAGGAGGAGGAGGCGGUGGUGGUGGCGGUGGCGGAAGCACUUACGAUUCGGAAAACUCCAACCUGGACCAAUCGAGCGCCGUCGAUGCGGCAGACCUGAAGGAGCACGAGUCGGACAAGGUGGGCAAGGAUUGGUAUUACGACGAGAUGGAAAUGCACGACAUGGAAUCGUUUGAGGAUCACGAUCUACCGGAUUCGGACUGCGACUAUGAGGAGAGCUUCAGUCAGCGCAAGAAAAAGAGCAAGGGCGCGCGCAGUGGUGGUAGCGGGGGCGGCGGUGGGUCGGGCGGUGGACGCAGCAAAUCCGGUGGCUCGUCGCUGUCGGACGCGAACAAUCGUCGCGGUGGCAGAGGUGGCGGACGGGGCCGAGGACGCAAAUCGCAAGGUAUUGGGGGCGAGCUGGGUCCUAGCUUCAAAGAUAUGGUGGAAACACCGAAAAAGAAUCGUGUUCAAACACUACCGAACCUCACACCUCAAUCGAACAGCUCAUCCCCACUGACCCUACCCGGAGGAGGCGCAGGAGGAGGUGGAUCGGAAGAGCUCCCGAUGCCGGAACUGGUGCCGGAAGUGAAAGCCGAAGGUAGCGGUGACCCAACGGACGGAGGACCACCCAAGCUCGGCAACGGUCGUCCCGGACCGACCGCAAACCAUUCCACCGGACUCGGCACGAACAACACUAUAGGCGGAACGAUGGCUGCUGCCCUUACCGGUGGUACGGUGGCGUCGGCCGGUGGAGCUCCGGCAUCUUCGAUCUUGGGCCCUCCAAUCGGUCCGGGUUCGGUUGGGCCCGGUAGUGUUGGUGUUGGUGGCGUUGGUGCGGUAGAGAAAAGCCGUGCCGUUCCCUCGCCCUACUGUGACUUUUGUCUUGGCGAUGCAAGGGAAAACAAGAAAACGUUCGAGCCGGAAGAGCUGGUGUCCUGCUCGGACUGUGGCCGUUCGGGACAUCCGUCCUGUUUGCAGUUCACAGCGAACAUGAUCAUCUCGGUGCGGAAGUAUCGAUGGCAGUGCAUCGAGUGCAAGUACUGCACCAUCUGCGGCACAUCCGAUAACGAUGAUCAGUUGCUGUUCUGCGAUGAUUGUGACCGCGGCUAUCAUAUGUACUGCCUGUCACCGCCGCUCGUAUCACCGCCCGAGGGAUCCUGGAGCUGCAAGCUGUGCAAGGAAGAGUUCCACAAGCCCAAGUAAGCAAAGGUACGAUUCGAAACGUA